AUGAUUGAGAUGUACGCGCAAGUGUGCACAGAAGAAGUAGCGGAGCGCGCAUGCGUCAUAGACCUGGACAAUCGUGUAGGACUAUCGGAGCUCUGCUGUUGGAAGGGAUGCUCAAUUAACGACAUGAUGUCGUACUGCUGCACUAUGCCCGAACGCAAUAAUGUGGAGAAGGUCGAUGAUAGUCAACCGAUUUUUCACUUCAAGCAGCGGAUUGAAGACGAGCUAAAAGAAAGAAGGAAACAGAUGGACAUGUUAGAUCUUUUCAAACAUAUUAGAGAGGAUUUUCGCGGUCUAAUGUGA